AUGCAAUCACAACAGGAAGAGAAGAACUGCAACAGCUCUGAAUCCAAGGAAGGAAUCAACAAACUAGAAAGUCGCUAUCAAUUUUGCGGGCACCAUUUGAGAAUCACUCGGGACUUCACCAGUAAUCUUGGGAUAUCCGCAAUAAUCUGGGAAGCUGGCCUUGUUCUCUGUCAGUACUUUGAGCAAGAAAAGAUUAGUUUUUCUGGGAAGAAGGUGAUUGAAUUGGGAUCGGGGACUGGGAUCGUUGGAAUUCUUGCUGUCUUGCUAGGCGGAGAUGUCACCCUGACAGACCAACCAAAUGUUCUCAGUCAAAUACAGUUCAAUGUUGCCAACAACAUCCCCGUCUCAGUUCAACAGCGGGCCAAAGUCUCUGCUCUCAUUUGGGGUGAAAACCAAAAUCAGUUCCCCACAAACUACGACUUCAUCCUGGGCACUGAUAUUGUCUACAGUUCACGGGACUUCCCUGCUCUCAUAAAGACCCUGCAACACCUCAGUAACGAGAACACCGUCAUCUACAUCUGUUCCAAGAUGCGAGAGACCAUGGGGGCCAUGGAUUUCCACGAAAAGCUCCUCCCGGUGGACUUCAACACGGAGAUUGUUCACAGAACUGCAGACAAAGAAAUCGUUGUGUUCAAGGGGACCAAGAAGAGCCCUGGAGAUGCAGAGAAGCCACAGAUGUGA